AUAUAUAAUUAUUCUGAACAAGGUAUAUUAUAUUAAAAUCUUACUAAACAAACUCAAAAAAUUGUUUUGAGCCAAUAUAUCAAAUUCGGCUCCACAAGCAAAAAAGCACGAGAUUAAAUACGAAAGUGAAAACUGCAGCACUUGAGGAAAUCAGAACCGGAGGCAAUGUGGUCCCCACACCUCAACCCAUCCACCACUCCGCCGCCCUUUAGACCUCCCGCAACCCCCACACCCCCACAUCUAACUCCACCCCACCGCCACCGCCGCCUCCACCGCCACCACCGCCGCACCUAUUAAUACACCAAUUAACCAUCUCAUCUCAUCUCAUCUCGAAAACCAAAAUCCAGCUCCGCAAUGACUUCCUCCGCCUCCUCCCCCUCUCCCUCCGCCUCCCCGCCGCCCCGGCCUUUACUCCUGCCGACGUCGCGGCAAUCUCACUCCGCCUCCCCAUCCCCCUCGCCCAAACACCACCUCCCCCCGCCGGAAUCCAAAUCCUCCCCGCCCAAAAGGUCGCCGCCCCUGCCAUGGACACACCAGGAAACCCUAGCCCUAAUUCAGGCCUACCAGGAGAAAUGGCACUCCCUCAAAAAAGGCCAGCUCAAAGCCUUCCAGUGGGAGGAAGUCUCCAUCACCGUCGCCGCCCGCUGCGGCUUCGACGAGCCCUCGAAAACCGCCACUCAGUGCCGCCACAAAAUCGAGAAACUCCGGAAAAGGUACCGCUCGGAGCUGCAGAAACCCUACCUCAAUUCAUGGCAAUAUUUCGAGCUCAUGGAUCAGAUGGAGCGCGGCCCCAUGCCCCUCGACGCGCGUCCCAUCACGAUAGCUAAGUCAUUCCCCAAUAAUACUAGUAGCAAUAGCAAUAACAAUAACAAUGUUAGCAAUUUCAGUCAUGGUUAUAGUAGUUUGUAUCCUAGUUCCACUGAAUUUUACAAUAACGACGGCGGCGGCGGAGGCGGAGGGGAUAGUGGUGUCUCCGAUGAUAGUGAUGAGAAAUGGAACACGGGCCAUGUCCCUGCCGCCGCGACUAGAAAUAAGUCGAAGAGCAUUAAUAACAUCGUGCGUGGGGAUGUCAGGGGUGGGGUUAGGGGUGCAAAGGGGGUGGCGGUAGAGCGAGGGUUUGGUGGCGGCGGCGGCAGUGGUGGUAGGGGUGGAAGAGUGGUGAGGAACCUGGUAAAGGGGAGACCAAUGGACUACUCUGAUGGGGGUUUCAGUGAUGAUGAUGGCGAUGAUAGUGAUGAGGAUGCCGCAGAGGAGGAGCAGGUGAUGGCGGAAGAGGGAGGAAGUGGCCGUGGUGGGGUAGAGCUGGCGGCUGAAAUUAGGGGUUUUACAGAGAGGUUUAUGGGUAUGGAGAAUAAAAAGAUUGAGAUGAUGCAGGAGACAGAGAGGUAUAGGAUGGAUAUGGAGAAGAAGAAGAUGGAGAUGAUUGCUGAAGCACAGAGGAAGAUGGUUGACACAAUCAGAAGGGCGUUCGGAGCUCAUAAACGGGCAAAAAUGGAUCAAGAAUCUUGACAGCAAUUGCUGAAUUCUUUGUGUAAUAAUAACAUGUUGGAGCUCAUAAAAGGGCAAAUAUUGCUCUAGCAAUAUCUUGACCGCAAUUGCUUAAUCGUUUUUCUUAUAUGAGAACAUGGAGGUUGUAAGGGUUGCUGCCAUUGUUGGGCAGUUUGGAGUUCGUAGAAGGGCAAAAAUGGCUGACAGCCAUGGAUUAAGUGGUUGCUUAGUUUGUAUUCUGUAGGGAAGUAUUGAUGUUUAGGUUAUAUCUACUAAUCCAAGCUUAUAUAGUGUUUCUUUCUUUCUGCUCUGUGAUUUAGUUGUUAGGAAUGUAACAGUUUUUAUGUUUUAUAGUUGGUGCUCAAUGAAAACAAAAUUUUCAUCUUCA